CUCCUCAGAUAAAAGAAAAGAUCCAAGUUGAUCCUGCUCAGGACUAACAUGGACCAAGAUGUCCCAGCUAAGCCCAGUGAACAAAAGGUCCCCAGCCUGAGAACAAGAUGGGAAAUACUUCUUCUCAUACUCUGUCUGCUCCAUGGUUCGUCCAUGACCCCUCCACGCAGAAGGUCCCAUUCCAGAUGGCUACAGGCUGGCUCUCCUCAGUUCAGGACCCAUCUCUACACUGUGGAAGCACACACAGCUCCUAUACCCCUUUGUUGCUGGAAGAACUCCAUUUCAGGUACAAAUGCAUUGAGAGGCCCGCAGCUGGUGACUGGGGACACUGGGGGAGCUGUCACCAUCCAUUGCCAUUACGCCCCCUCCUCAGUCAACAGGCAUCAGAGAAAAUACUGGUGCCGCCUGGGGCCUCCAUUGUGGAUAUGUCACACCGUCGUGUCCACCAACCAAUACAUUCACCCGGACUACCAUGGGCGCGUGGCUCUCACUGACGUUCCACAGAGAGGUUUGUUCGUGGUGAGGCUGCUCCGACUGUCCCUGGGUGACAUGGGACUUUACCGCUGUGGCAUAGGAGACCGAAACGACAUGCUGUUCUUAAGCAUGAAUCUGACUGUGUCUGCAGGUCCGUCCAACACCACCUAUGCAGCAGCUCCAGCUUCUAGUGAGCACAUCACAGCAUCUCCUGGAACAGUAUCCUCAGCAGGCAACAGAUGGACCUCAGGCGUCACCCAGAUCCUAGAAGGCCAAGGCUCAGAAUGGGACAGAACAGCUCCGACCACGAGUACCAGCAAAACUACAUCUUCAGCCAAUGGAAGACAAACCUUAAGAACAGCCAGGACAAUGGUUCCAGGGACAGGCGGCCGAGAGGAGGACUCUUUCAAGGCAGCAGUCCCCACUCCAGAGGGUCCGUUUCCAAAAUCGAGAAGCAUGUUCAGUACAACACAGGGCGUUUGGAUGUGGAGCACCAGGAACUCAGGAACAACCAGCGCUACCACGAGUGAGGGUAGGAGGCAAGGCACAACCCCAGAGACUGAUGGGCCACGAGAUGAAACAGAUGUCAGCGUGUCUCCAGAAGCACCCAGGAAGACCACAGGAACCACGUGGCCCAUCUCAGAACAUGUGGCCUGGGGAACUCUCCAAGACAAAACAGAGGUGUCUAAGCAACAAAGGCUGCACUCCCUGGAGGAGUUAUCACCAGCUCCAAGUACACAAACCUUGAAUGCUACUUGUAUGGAAGUGGCAUCCGAGGAAGGAAGGAGCAUUGAUGGGAGCCUAGAAAACACGACAGAAGAAAGCAGCCCCCCAACACCAAGCCAGCUUUCAGUAGCAGGCCCUGUGUGGGUUUCUGGCAAGGGGCCAUCCAUGAAGAGUGCUCGGAUAGAAGGAGAAAGCAACUCUCGGAUCCUGACUCCAGUCUCCACUGUGCUGGCCCUGCUUCUAAUUGCUGCUCUAGUCCUACUGAAAAGGAGCCUUGGCAGACAGAGGACCUCUCAGAAGACAGAAAGGGUACCCAGGAUCACUCUAAUUCAGAUGACACAUUUCCUACCAGAUAAGCUCCCUGAUGAGGGACAGAACUUUCAACAGAGUGACCUUUUUCCUCCCCAAGCCAGCCUGACUGUCCUGGAGAAUGACCCAAGACCCUGAUGGUGGAAAGGUAAACAGCUCAGUCACCAUGAAGGGAAGACCAAACCCAAACAGCUUCAUCCUCUUCUUUCCCUCCACCCACAC